AUUUAUGAAAAUAUGCAUCAGUUUAAUACUGUCUUGGAAUUCAUGAGAUGGAAGCAUAGGUCAAAGCUGUUUGAAGAAAAUUGGAAGUGCACUUUAAUAGCCACAUCUUCAAGACAAUCAGGAGAAAAAGUAAGACUCGGCCCCAUUUUGUGAAACAGGAUCAAGUAUGCAUUGCUCGUUUAAAGACAGCAGGAACCAUCUGCCUUGAAACCUUUAAAGACUUCCCUCAGAUGGGUUUUUAACCUUAAGAGAUGAAGGAGUCAGGAGAAAGCAGUGGGAGGUAGAAUCAUUGUCAAGUGAUUUCGUCCUCAACAAGAAAAUCUCAUUGAAUAAAGUCAUUUGAAUUAGUGGAAUAACAGUUAUUCAAGGUGACAGUGUAUGGAACAUUAAAAUUGAACAAUGACUCAGCUCUAUAUUUACAUCAGAUUAUUGGGAGCCUAUCUGUUCAUCAUUUCUCACGUCCAAGGGCAAAAUCUAGAUAGUAUGCUCCAUGGCACUGGGGUGAAAUCAGACUCUGAACCGAAGAAGGCAGAGAACGGAGUGACAUUAGCACCAGAGGACACCUUGCCUUUUUUAAAGUGCUAUUGCUCGGGACACUGCCCGGAUGACGCUGUUAAUAACACAUGCAUAACUAAUGGACAUUGCUUUGCCAUCAUAGAAGAAGAUGACCAAGGAGAAACCACAUUAGCUUCAGGGUGUAUGAAAUAUGAAGGAUCUGAUUUUCAAUGCAAGGAUUCUCCAAAAGCCCAGCCUCGCCGGACAAUAGAAUGUUGUCGGACCAAUCUGUGUAACCAGUAUUUGCAGCCUACACUGCCCCCUGUCGUUAUGGGUCCAUUUUUUGAUGGCAGCAUUCGAUGGCUGGUUGUGCUCAUUUCCAUGGCAGUCUGCAUAAUUGCUAUGAUCAUCUUCUCAAGCUGUUUUUGUUAUAAACACUAUUGUAAGAGCAUCUCAAACAGACGUCGCUACAAUCGUGAUUUGGAACAGGACGAAGCUUUUAUUCCAGUGGGAGAGUCACUGAAAGACCUUAUUGACCAGUCACAGAGCUCUGGGAGUGGAUCUGGCCUUCCCUUACUGGUUCAACGAACUAUUGCCAAACAGAUUCAGAUGGUCCGGCAGGUUGGAAAAGGCCGGUAUGGAGAAGUGUGGAUGGGUAAAUGGCGUGGUGAAAAGGUGGCAGUCAAAGUAUUUUUUACCACCGAGGAAGCAAGCUGGUUCCGAGAAACGGAGAUCUACCAGACAGUGCUGAUGCGCCACGAGAAUAUACUUGGAUUCAUAGCUGCAGACAUUAAAGGCACAGGUUCCUGGACACAGCUCUAUUUGAUCACUGAUUACCACGAAAAUGGGUCUCUGUACGACUUCCUGAAGUGCGCUACGCUAGACACCAGAGCCCUGCUCAAGUUGGCUUAUUCUGCUGCCUGUGGUCUGUGCCACCUCCACACAGAGAUUUAUGGCACCCAAGGGAAGCCUGCAAUUGCGCAUCGUGACCUCAAGAGCAAGAACAUCCUCAUCAAGAAAAAUGGGAGUUGCUGUAUUGCUGACCUGGGCCUUGCUGUUAAAUUCAACAGUGACACGAAUGAAGUCGAUGUGCCUUUGAAUACCAGAGUGGGUACCAAGCGCUACAUGGCUCCAGAGGUGCUAGAUGAAAGCCUGAACAAAAAUCACUUCCAGCCCUACAUCAUGGCCGACAUUUACAGCUUUGGCCUGAUCAUCUGGGAGAUGGCCCGCCGCUGCGUCACGGGAGGCAUCGUGGAGGAGUACCAGCUGCCAUACUACAACAUGGUCCCCAGUGACCCAUCCUACGAGGACAUGCGGGAGGUUGUGUGUGUCAAACGCCUGCGGCCACUGGUGUCCAACCGAUGGAACAGUGAUGAGUGUCUGCGCGCAGUCCUGAAGCUCAUGUCUGAGUGCUGGGCCCACAACCCGGCCUCCAGGCUGACUGCACUGAGGAUCAAGAAGACACUUGCCAAGAUGGUGGAGUCCCAGGAUGUGAAGAUCUGACACCUGCACAGGUGGGAGGGGCACGACUGUCUCCAGGGCACUGCGGAACCUGCGUGUGUGCCCCCUCCUCCCUUACCUUCACAGGCUGCUAACGUUGCCCUGCCAUGCUCUUCAGGAUACCGCUGGGGUUCUGGACCCUGUGUUCUCUCCACACGGACAGCUGUAUUCUAAAUGUGGUUUUUGAUGCCUUUUUAAUUGUGUUUUUAUGAGCUGCAUCAAGACUCCAGUUGUGAUUCUUAAGUCUCCAGUUGAACUCUGUGUACUGAAUUGCCUAUUCCUAAGUGGUGCUUUCUGUGAAAGCCGUAAGAAGCUAACUAACUGAGCAGCAGAGAUGGAAAAACACACUUCUGCCUUCUACCUGAGAGAUGUAGUCUGUUUGUAUUCUGCCUGUGUAAAACAGCCUCUGGAUGAUGAGUUCCUUGGGCUGCCGCUAAGCUGACAACAGUGUGUCCUGCCUUUCUGGAUACUGGUGUGUGUGCUCUCAUGUGCCAGGAUACCUCUGCUGCCAUGGAAUUAGAAGAAAAAGAAGAUUUACGAGUGCACAGGAAGAGCCUGGUGGCUGGUGGUUUUGUGCUUUAAAAAUGCAAUAUGUGGCCAACAUUUGCCAGUUUAUCGUAGCCAUUUGUCUUGCAAGUGAGGUAGCUUCCCCAGCAACUUUGUCUUUUAACAUAAUAGUUGCUGUAAGGCCAAAAGAAGUUUAAAGUGUCUGUAAAUUUGGACUGGUUGUUUUUUCCUGCUGCCAUCCUUUUUCAUUUUUUGUGAUUAUUAUUUUGUCAUGUAAAGCAUCCUCUCCAAAGCUUUCAGUGCCACAAACCAUGUUGAUAAAGCAACCACUUCUGAUUGAAGUGAAUUACUGCAUCUGGUAGCGAUGUAAGUGCCUAAAUCAUAUUCUGCAUCCUUUAUGCACAGUAUCUUUUAAAAGGGAAGUUAUUUAUGUUGUGCGUGUAAUGUGCUUUACUUGCAAACCCCCUCCUUUCCAGCCGAGUUUAGGUAUGUUACAUACAUUCACGCUACAGCUGCCGGCUCAUGGAGCCUCAUGUCUUGUCCUUGGGGGCAGGAGGUGUAGGUUGAACACAUAGGAACUUUCGGAGUAAUGAGCAACUUCAGGCAAAGACUUCAUUGAGAUAGUAUCAUCUCAGUGGUCCUUUGCUAAAGGAUUCUAUAAUUACAGAUUUAUGUGUCAGAGCUGAUACAAAUUGAUCCAUACUCUUAAUAUGUUUUAGACAUCUAAAUCAUUUGAGACUUUUUUUUUUUUUUUGGUACCAGAGAUUGAACUCUGAACCUUGCACUUGCGAGGCAGGUGGCAGAACCAUUGAGCUAAAUCCCCAGCCCUCAUUUGAGACUUUUUGAGGUUUUGUUUCUGGUCCCUAACUAGUGAAGAUGAAGGCAGAGGUGUGUAGAACUCCUGUCUGUGCCAAGUAGCUCUUACUCAAGAAAAUGAUAUCAAUUUUAUAUACAGUAGAGGUCUUGUUAUCUGAGGAAUACUGAGUCUCCUAAACUUAACUAUGCUUCUGUAACACCUUUGAAAUGUUUGUCUCUUAUUCUCAGCAA